GAGAUGCAGCAAUAGAAUAGUCUUACCUUGGGACUAGUUGCAUGCCAACGGAGAGAGAGUUUCUCAGUCCGCGACGCGUCUCUCAAUGUGUGUUCUCCCAACUUCCGUCGGGUUAUUCUAUAAAUAUCGCCAGACAAGAGAGUGUCAUUUACAUUUCAAGACAUUUUGAUAUCAGCAAUUGUGAGGGUAUGUGCGCGCGCACAAAAUCACCCCAGUUGGAUUCCACACCCCCGAUGAAAACAUGUUUAUCGAUCCGGUGUAAAUGUACGAACUGGCGUCCGGUUGUGGCCGAUGUUAAACCAAAAGACGAGACGCACGUGUGAAGACGAGAUAAAUAAGCAGUUACGGAGUGCAACAAAAAACGAUCUCAAUCAAAUGCACUCGCCAGUGUAAUUACUACCAGAUAAAAGCCGAUACCUUAUCACCGUUUUGCAGACACAUCUGCGAAAGGCUGAAUGAAAGAGGAAGUUAUCCCGAGGAAAACUCGCUUAGUAAUGGAAGAAGAGAUUGGCAUCAUCCGAUACAACCAACGCCGUGAUGUGCGUAGACGUUCUUCAGACGACGGUAUCAACAACCGACACCAUUGUGUGCAUAGAAGAUUUUCUUCAGACGGUGAUGGCAACGAUAAUCCGCAAGAACGCAGGAAUAUUGACAUCAGUCGACUUCAGCGUGUGCGUAGGAGACUUAAUUUCGACGACGGUGACAACGAUAAUCCACAGGAACGUGAGAAUAUUAACAAUCAUAUUUUGGAAGAAAGGCGAAUACAAUUGGAAGAGGCCAUGAAGAAGUGGGAUUUCGAUUUUCUGCGCGGAAGGCCAGUGGAGAAUCCUAUUCGUUACGAAUGGGUACCACUUGAUGAACAAGGAAAUGAAGUUUUGAAUCUAAGAUAAAUUAGGAUAAAUUCAAAAGAAGAAUGCGCGGAGGAAACAGAAAAUAAUGCAAAAAAUUCGUUUAACAAAUCAACGGAUGAAAAAAAAAAACAAAG